GAGAGAGAGAGUCAUAUGACAGGGAGGUGGGGUGUGCUCACUAUCAAAACACUUUCUCCUGCGUCUACAGUGAGCUUUCUAGUGAAACACCACCUAAAACUUUUUACCUGAGGAUUGUAUCGCCUCGUGACCUCACGAAAACUUCAAUGCCUGAGAAAAAGAGUUUUCAAAUUAUUUAACAAAAUGAUCGCAUCUUGUGAAGAAUCACAUGUAGAAGGGACAGGAAAAACCCGUCUGGAUAGUAAUGGACCCGUUGGAAAGUUUAAGGGAUUAAAGAGCAGCGUUUCUGCGGGGAAUAAAGGCAUCUGUCGGUCCGUCGCACCUGUGACCUCACCUGAGUCUGCCUGCGCGCGCAUCUCGCUGCCGGGAGUGAUGGACGCAGAGGGGCGCGUGGACGAAUCCAGGCUCAGGAUGCAUAUAUUUAAAAACGGUGGCGUGUCGCCUGAUGAACGUGGUCUGGUAUGGCGUUUUCUGUUUGGCAUGUACCCCUGCAGCUCUACGGCUCUGGAGCGCCCCCUACUGCUGGAGCAGAUGACGGUACGCUAUCAGGUCAUGAAGAGGAAGUGGCAACAGCUGCUUCCUGGAGCCGUUCGUCUACGUCUUAAUGGCACUGAUGCUGAACUGUUGACAGCAGUGAAGUUUUUCGACCAAAGGCAGGACAGAGAGCAGAAAAAACACCAGUAUGAGUCAGAAGAGGCCAGAGAGAAGAUGUCCUUUCUGCAACUGCAGGCUCAGGUGCUAUUUGAACGGGUAACCUUUGACCUGGAAGAGCUUCAGGAGGCCAUACGCAUCAUUGACAAAGAUGUUCCCCGAACCGAUCGAGAUCUUCCAUACUACCGGAAUGAAGGUUUGGGUAACCUACUUGUCUUGAGAGAUAUCCUAAUCACAUAUGCUGCUUAUCACCCAGAAGUAAGUUACGCUCAGGGUAUGAAUGAUCUGUGCAGUCGCUUUCUGGAGGUGCUGGACUCAGAAGUGGACACUUACUGGAGCUUCUCCUGCUACAUGGAGAAGUUUUCCAAAGACUUCUGUGCUGAUGGACUGUAUCGCAAAAUGGAGUUGGAAGCUGCUUUACUGAAAGAGCUGGAUCCUCAGCUACACUCUCAUCUGGUCACAGACAACAUGGAAAAAAUCACUUUUUGUCACAGGUGGCUUCUGCUGGCUUUCCAGCGGGAGUUUGAGCACAGCGAUGCUCUGCGUCUGUUUGAGAUUCUCAGCUGUGAUCACCUGGAGCUCAUCUCACAGCAGGUGGAUCGGGCUCGAUAUCAGGAGAGACUGGCACGCAAAUACAGCCUGGAGGAUGAACCUGUGACGGAGCUCCAGGCCAUAAACACAGACUUCACUUUUGAACUCUUCAUGUGUGCCACCAUCUUGCUGGAGAACAGAGAAGCUUUACUCAGCUGCAGGAACGAGGUUCAGCUCAUACAGUUUACCAGCAGGUGUGUAUGUGGUGUAAGUGGUAAGGUUCAUUGUAAUGUAGAUUCAGUUGAUCUCUACAGGAAGGGUUAUUAUUGUUAAUGAAAACUAAAACAA